GUUGGGAACUCGCACGAACACCAUCAUCAUCACCACCAUCAUGGCCCCGCGCCGCUGUCUUCUACAGGUCGCGGCCCGCGCGGCCUCGAGCUUGGCGCCGUCGGCCGCCGGGCCGCCCACGCGCCACGUCCUCCACGCCCACCACGUGCCCACGACGCCGACGCAGAAGCUGCUAGUGGCGGCCACGGCGGCAGUCUCGGUCUUUGCCAACCCGGAGCGCGGCGACAUGCUCGCGGCCCUCGGCGACGCCACGGGCGAAGUUGCAUUGCGACAGAUGCACCUCAAGAUGUGCUCGGACCCCGUGGGGAUGGAGAUCCUCGCGCAGAAGCCGCGGAUUCGGUCGUCGGUCACGGACAUUGACGCGCUCCGGUCGCUGCCCACCGACAGCUUUGGCUAUGCCUACACGCAGUUUAUGGACGCCCAUGGCUUUGAAGCCGAUGGCCGCGCGCACGUCCGCUUUGUUGACGACGCCGAGCUGGCGUAUGUCCUGCAGCGGUACCGGGAGCUGCACGAUUUCUGGCACGUCCUCUUUGGCCUGCCGCCGACCGUCUUUAGCGAGAUCGCGCUCAAGUACGUGGAGCUGGUCCAGACGGGCCUGCCUGUGUGUGCCUUGAGCGGCUUUGUUGGUCCGCUUCGUCUCUCGUGUGACGAGCGCAAGGAGCUUCUCGGCACGUUUGUGCCGUGGGCCUACCGCGCCGGCCGCGAGGCGCCGUGCCUGCUCAACGUAUAUUACGAGCGCGAGUACGAGACGAAGCUCGAGGACCUCCGCCGGCGCCUCAACAUCCGCGUUGCACCCGCCCGGCGCCACUCCGAGUAGAAAAAAUUGCACAUACUACAACAUACGCGUCUGCUAUACUACUCUCUGGGCGAUUAUGCAAACCCAAUGUCGUAC